AAGCUUUUUAAAUUUUCCUAGUAGUCUAUUUUAUUUUGCUUAAAGAGAAAUUAUUCCCGUUCCUUCUUGAACAAAAAAAAAAGCUUAAGACGCUCCCUUUGUAUUUUUAUGAUCUUAUCUUACGUGUGCUCUACGCGAAUUUUGCAACUUUCUUCCUCUUUCUCUCUCUCUCUCUCCCUGUCGCUACCUCGGUUGGGUUGAGUAAGUAAAUUUCAAAAAAUCUUCCAUGGAAAUGGGAGAGAGAAUCAAUUCGAGUUGUUAAGGUUUGCGAUAUUUUAGGCUUGUGUCGGUGUAGUUGAUCUCGAGGAUUACAAAAAAAAGGAUUUAGGGUUUUAGGGACUCGCUCUCGGAAGAUAGUUUUAUGUUGGAUCGUCUCUAUACUGGAGUGAAGGAAAAAUGCGAAAAUCGUUCAAGGAUUCACUUAAAGCUCUCGAAGCUGAUAUCCAGUUCGCCAACACCCUGGCAUCCGAGUAUCCAGAGGAGUAUGAUGGUGGCUGCGUGCAGAUGAGAUUGUCUUACAGCCCAGCGGCUCAUCUCUUUCUCUUCCUUCUUCAGUGGACAGAUUGUCAUUUCGCAGGCGCUUUGGGAUUGCUUAGGAUCCUUAUUUAUAAGGCAUAUGUUGAUGGGAAGACUACAAUGUCUCUACACGAACGCAAAGCUAGUAUCAAAGAAUUCUAUGAUGUGUUGUUUCCUUCGCUAUUGCAACUUCACGGAGGGAUAACCGAUGUAGAAGAAAGGAAACAAAAGGAGAUAUGCGACAAAAGAUACCUGAAGAAGGACAAGACAGAGAAAGGGAAGAUGUCAGAGAUCGAUUUGGAGAGGGAAGAAGAGUGUGGCAUUUGCUUGGAGGUUCGAAAUAAAGUUGUUCUUCCUACUUGCAAUCACUCCAUGUGUAUCAAUUGCUACAGAAACUGGCGCGCAAGGUCACAGUCGUGCCCGUUCUGUCGAGGCAGCUUGAAAAGAGUGAAUUCUGGUGAUCUAUGGCUUUACACUUCGAUCAAAGAGAUUGUGGAGCUACCGGCUAUUUACAAGGAGAAUCUGAAGAGGUUGUUAAUGUACAUUGACAAAUUGCCUCUCGUUGCUACGGACCCAACUCUUGUUCCUUACGCUCCUAUUCCUCGGUGAACAUCCUCCUCCUCGUAAGCUAUCUCCUUGUUCUGCCUGCACAUAGCAAUUUCUAUCAUUUCUUUUCAGUGCCCACUUUGUAGAUAAAAUUUAUGUCUUUCCGUUCCUUUUGCUUUAAAUUAGCUCUUUCAGUCACUGAUCUGGAUUUGUAUAUAACAAAACAAACCUCUGGUUAUUUGACAUUUAUUGAUCCUCAUUUUCCAAUAUAUGUAGUAUACAUUUGCCACU